AAUUGCUUCGAUUGGUAAUUCCUUAUCGUUGUCAUACAGGGUAUAUCGUUGUGGUUUUAAUAAUGGAUGAUCAGAGAAAUCGUGUUAAUGAUUAUCAUAAUAAUGAUCAUCAUCAUUAUCUAGGUGUGAAUAAGAUGGGAAAAAACAUCCGUAAAGAUCCAUCAAACCAGCAAAAUCAACAACAAAACCCUCAAGCUUUGGUUUACAACAUCAACAAAACCGAUUUCAGAUCCAUUGUUCAACAGUUAACCGGACUUGGUUCAUCUUCUUCAGUCAAUCCUCCGCAAACAAACCCACCAAAACCUCCAAAUUCACGGUUGGUUAAAGUUAGACCGGCUCCUUUGACCCAACUCAACCAUCCUCCACCUCCACUUCCGGUUCAAUCGGUUCCAAUUGCAUCUGAACCGGUUCAGCCUGUUAACCAAGUUUCGGUUAACCCGGCCGAAUCUCCCAUCUCGGCUUAUAUGCGUUACCUAAUCGAAUCAAGCCCUGUUGGAAACCGAGCGCAGCCACAAAACCAAAAUCCGGUUCAACCGUCAACCGGUUUAUUUCCUUCACAUCAAACCGGUCCUAAUCCAAUGUCAUUCCAGUCUCCAGCUUCACAGUUUGUUUUGUCACCGCCGCCAAGAUCGCCAUUUCCAUUGUUCUCACCAAAUUUCGCGUUCUCGCCGCGGUUUUUAGGCGGUACCGAAUCGCUACCACCGCCAUCACCCGGUUUUUUCUUCCCAUUGCUCAGUCCAUUAUGGAAAAAUCAAUAGCUUAGUAGUAGUAUAUUAAUAACUCUUUAAUUAUGGA